AUGUCCCCUCCGAACUCCACGCCAAACACGAACAACACGGUGUCGAUACUGGGGCUCCCGCCCAACUUCGACCCGCUCCUCGCCUUCGAUCUCUUCCCGAAGAUACACAUCGACAAUACCUUCGGGGCCGUGCUCCUCGGGACGUUCAUCGGUCUCACCCUCUUCGGUCUGAACGUCCACCAGGCUUACAGAUAUUUCCGGCUGCAUCCGAAGGACAAGGCUCUGUUUCUAUGCGUGGUGAUUGCGGUGUUGACACUGGAGGUUUUCCACUCCAUCCUUAAUAUCCACAUCUGCUAUUACUACCUCGUUGAUAACUACUUCAACCCGAACGCUUUGCUCACGGGUGUAUGGUCCAUCAAACUUCUUCCGAUGUGCAUGGGUUGUAUCAUGUUCGUCACACAGAGUUUCUUCGCGGGACGAGUGUACUUGAUCGGCUCUGUAUAUCGGUGGCUCGCGGGCGUCGCCGGCGUCCUGCUCCUCGGACAAUUCGGAUUCGCCGCGGCCACGACCGUCGAAGCCUUCCUCCGCCCCACCUUCACCGACUUCCAGAAGGUGAUCUGGGUGGUCAUCGUCGCGUACGCCUUGGCGAUCGCCACAAACGUCAUCCUCGCAGGCUCGCUGCUCAAGAUCGUGCGCGAGAGCCGCAAGCACGCGUCCCUCAAGGAACCCCCGAUCGAUGUCGCCGUCGUCUACCUCCUCAACACCGGGCUGUUGACGUCGAUCCUGAGCGUCGUAGCGCUGGCCUGCGUGGUCCGGUUCUCGCACACCCUCAUCUACCUCGGGUUCAACACUGUCGCGAACCGCCUGUACGCGAACUCCCUCCUCUCGGUGCUCAACUCCCGAAGAUCCAUGGUCGACGAAGGCUUCCCGACCGGCUCCCCCGGCCUCUCCGCGCACACGCACCCCACGCGGCACACCGUCGCCGAGCAGUGGAACGUCCCGAAGGUCGAGUCCCCGCCGCCGGCGCUCAUCGACAUCAAAGUGACGACGGAGCAGAACACGGACUCGGACAGCACGAGCCAGCUCGCGGAGCGGAAGGCGGCGCCGUACGCGGCCGACCUUGUGUGA